GUUCGCUCCGUUGCUAUGCUAUCUUCUGUAGACACUCUCCAGGGUGAUGGAGAAGAAAAUGUAGUUACACGGCCCGAUACGGAAAAAUACGCAACGCUUUGUCGGUUUUGUGUGAACGGUGACAACAAUUACAAUGUCAAGUAUAAGGAAAGUUAACGGGAAAUUCUCUGGAAUCAACCCAGCCGUGAGUUGCUGUCGUCUGCGUCAAGUUCAGGCUCUGCUCUGUGGAAGUGGCACUGCCAUUCCUGAUGGCAUCCUGUGCUCUCUCGGAAUUGAUAGCAGAUAUAAUGAGGGGUGCACUGAGCUGGCAAAAUACUUGUUCUAUGGACUAUAUGAACAAAACCAGGUGAAUCUGGAGCAUGGCCUUGAGGAAUUUCCUGAAGAAAUGCUGGAUGAUGUAAUCCUGCUGAUUAAGGUGGACUGUGUUCACCUGUACUGCAACCCACUGAACUACAGUUACCUGUUGCCCUAUGUGUCCCACUGGAGAAACCUACACCUGUACUGCAUGACAGAAACAGAGUACGAAGAUGAAGAAGCAGCAGAAGAAUUUAAAAUCUCCAGUUUUGUUGCAAUGGUGCAGGACUGUUAUCACAUUGGAGUACCUUACAGCUCGCAAGGACAAAUCCAGAAGUUCGAUAUGUUUAUGGUGGAAAAAUGGCCUCUGCUUCAAGCUUUUGCUCUGGAAGGCAUUGGUGGAGGAAGCUUUUUUACCAUGAAAUACAAGCUAAUGGACAUGAGUGAGAAUCUGUGGCAGGUUUACAACAGACUCGACCCAGUGUCGCUGGAUAAUCUCCUCACAGAGGAUCUGGUCAACUUUGAGAAACAGUGGAAUGGCUUCUUCUCAGGCAUGGACCUGGAAAGUCAUCUUUCUAUCUUGGAGCUCUCUGAAGCACAAGCAGGGGAGGCAUUCCGUUCCUAUUACCUUCAUGGACUGAUCUCAAGAAAAAUCACAGAUAAAAGUAAAUGCCAGCAGCCCUAUGUGUUGUUUGGGAAACACUCUGCCUUAGAAGAUCUGGAGAACUAUUUAUUCAACUUUCCCUCAGAGAGUCAUCAGGUCCGCAACACAGGGCCUCAAGGUUCUGCAGCCAGACACAUGAUUCUCCAGUGUGUGGCUCCCAAAGGACCUCUAGCCUGCGCUCGGACCUAUUUCUUUGGGACUACCCACAACCCAUAUCUUGGAAAUCAGAACACAGAGCAAAAGAAGACAGACGUCUUAGUUUUGUCACAGAUUUAUUCAGCUGCCAUUCAAGCAGUUCUGUCGGGAAUCAAAUGCUACUCCUGUACCACCAGCGCUACCAAGGCUAAGGAUGUGGCUGAGAACACCUUUCUGAUGUCAUUGGACUCGAUGAAUUUAAGCCAGUAUCGCAGUUUUCUCAGGUCCAAAUGUGAAUUCACCAUUCAAGCAGUGAAUAAGCAAGGAAUGAUAAUUCCUCUCACUAAUGAAGACAGCCGCUACGUAAUAAAAACAGCUUCCCUGAUUGUCCAUGACAUCCCAGACCUGCAGUGGGACAGGGGGGAACUGGGAUCUGUAGUCUUCUCUGAAUCCUUCUUGGAGUCCAGUAUCAACAUUCAACAGAGAGAUGGCACUGUGUCCUCAGACAGCUGCUACACCAUCUUGACUGCAACAGUGCCUCGCUACGCCUGCUGGCUGAUGGAAUCUGAUGUCAAGCAGUCUGAACAAGCUCAGCAGCUCACUAAGGAUGACGAUGGUACUUGUUUGGGAAAAGUUCUGACUGCAGCAGAUGCUGCAUAUGUGUUGUCCAGCAGCCACCUCUCAGCUCCUGAAGAAGGAAAGAUCAUUUUCUUUUCUGAGGGACUGUUUAUCCAUUCUCAAUAUGGAAGCAUCACUAUUUCCAAGGAUCACAUCAACAAAGUCAAGUUUUACAAUCCGGACUCCAGCACUGUGGCUUCUCUGUUUGUAGAGUAUGAGGACAGCUUGCUCCCCCACCUUCCAUUCCCUCUCCACAGCUCUGAUAGGUGUCUGGUCUUUGCUCUACUUCCAAGGUCUAAGAGCCAGAGGGCCUUCUACUCUAAGGUUUUGUCUGUGUGGAAAAGCUCUGGACUCGCUCUGCAAUUCUUGGACCAAGACAACCUGACGUGGAACCAGAAAAAUAUGCACACCAAGCUGCAGAAGCUGCACGACAGUCAGGAGCCACCAAUGGCCAAACGCAGAGGCAGCCUGAAGACUUCAUACUGUCAGCUGCCAGGACAGGAAAUGUUUCUUCAGCAUUUUGCUCUUAGUAGCAUUGGUCAAGAGCCCAUUAUGUAUGACCACCUGGGGAUGCUCUUUCCCUCUGCAGAGCUUAGGAAUAUACCCCCUUGUCAGGGAGACAAGGUUGUCAUCACCAUCAUCACUGGACUGCCAGGAAGCCAUAAGAAGAUACUUUGCAACUUCUCAGUCCAGCUAAACCACAAAUGUGAAAGGUGGGUGGUUUAUGAGCCUGCUCCGGAAAGUUUCUCAGCUUCUCAUCUCCAAAAGUAUUUGUCCAGCUUCUUGGAGAGCCAAAGAGGUACAAGAGGCAAACCCCGUCUGUUGGUGCUCACACCGGGAUAUACAGAUGUUCUAGAUGUGGUCCAGGCUGUGCUCUUCCAUCCUGACCCAGUUGUUCAGGCAUGCUUCACAAUUGGUGCAGUUACUGCCUGUGUGAACCCUCUCACCUCCUUUAUCGAGCACAGGUUUGCUUUUCCUAAGCUGUUGGAGCAGCUCAGCCAAGGUAUUGUGAGUACAGUGGUGUUCACUGGGCUGACAGCAGAGAAGAAGCACCCUCUCAUGCAGCAUGUUCAGCAGUUGGUACGCUCUGCCAACCCCACUGCUGCCUUCAUACUGGCAGAGAGAGGAGCUGUCACCAGGGAUGAAGAUAUGAAUCUGAUAUUGUCUGAGAGCAGCUUCAAUGAGCCACAGAUGCUGAGAGCCCGUUACGUCCUCUACCCUGGAUGGUGCAAAGGGCGCUUCUGCUCUGGUUCUGGGACUCUGGUCCUCACCCAGCAGCGCGUGGCUUUUAACCGGCCCCUAGAGAGGCCUCUAUUUGUCACCCACUGUAAAGCAAUCAAGUCAUCGCUACGGCCAAGCCCCUUCCAAGGAAAUAUGUACAAUGUUUGGGGAAAAGUCAGAUUUUCUGACUCAGACCAGCUGAUGGAAGUGAGCUACAAUGCACUGAGUGGGAACCUGAGAAUUGUCCCUGAAGACAACAGUGACCCUCUGAGUCAGGGUCCCAAAGAGACCAACACCUCCUGUUUCCUAUUCUUUGAUGGUGUUGGUCUCACUGAGGAUGGACUGAAGGACUGGUUAAGACUGUGCGCCAAGCAGAAGCAGGCAAAGAAAACUAAGAAGACCAAAAGUACCCUUUCACCACAAGAAAUCAAGAGCAUCCACAUGACCAGACAUUUGGAACCUCUUCCACCAGGCUACUUCUACAAUGGUUAUCAAUAUGUUGACAUCUUUGGAGAUAAAACAAACUUCCAUCCCAACAUGGAGGAAUUCAUUAAAGAGUAUAUCGCUGAGGCCAACAAGGAGAUAGAGCAAUUCAACUGUCAGCUGGAGUCGCAGGGACAGCCCGACCUCUUUGAGCCGUGAUAGAAUCUUCGUGUAUGUUCACUCCAUCUGUCGUAUUUACCUUGUAAGGGAACCACUGUGGGGGGUGAGGGAGGGCAAAGGGGAUAUGUGCUGAACACUCCACUAGAGCAGUCAGUGUGUGGUCACACAUCAUGUAUCUUCACAAGCCGCUUCUGCUGGAAGUCCUUUCUUAUUUACUUUAUCAUUUUAUUUCUUAUUUGGAGCCUUCAAUCAUCAAUGAAAAGGUGGUUAUGUAAUUGUAUGGCUGUUUGCCAUGCUGUAGACUACGCUAGCAUUAGCACUUUGGUGAGUUGGGUUUCAUUGUUAUGGUAGCUAAUUUAGAUUAAGACAUGUUUGUCAAGAGAUGCAAUUUGCUCACAGCUGUAGACAAAUCAGAACAAGCACCACACAAAUCUCCACCUUUAAACCAGUAUGAUUAUACCACUGAGUCUGCAAGCUAUGCGACUUUCACAAUUGAAGGGAAGGGCCACACACUCCUUGUGCGUUUCUGUUUAUCGCAGUUGGCAAAUUAAUGCCUCUAUUUCUGGGCAGGCGUGGAUAGCCGUGUGAUUCUGGUGGGCUCCCUGGUGGGGUUUCUCAAGAAUCGCUCCUCCUCUGUUGUCACCCAAUCCAUGGUCCACCUGUUAGCUUGUCUGCAAGCCACACAGCAGCAGAGGAAGACUUGAUCAUUGAGCUGUAAACAUUGGACAGCCUGUUGGCAACAGACAACUGAUGAAUGAUGCCAUUAAUCGCAUAGCUAUAGACCGUCCCAGUGCUUUAUUUUAAGACAUGUCAAGGGAAUCUUACGAAAGUGCAAUUAACCAGAUUUCAAUUCCAGCAGCAAAGUGUUGUAAAACAGCUGAGGCUGUCAUGAAACAUAUUGAAUUACUGGGGUUACCGAGGUCCUCCACAAACUUCAUCAUAGCCCUGUGUUCUAUUUGUUGUAAUGUUAGUUAGUUUACACCAGCACAUGAUAAACAAAAAGUUUAGAUAGCUAGAAGUGGAUCAUUCAUUGUGCCACUAUUUGCUGAAAAUUCACACAUCCCCCUGAUUCUUUUGAGUGGCAGCAUUUGGGGAGGACAGGGAAAAUGAAAUAAAGUGGGGGAAAAUACUGCUUUAUUAAAUAUUGGCUAGAUUAGGGUUAACAUGAGUAAAGCGAUUAGUAAAAGGUAUAAGGCUUUGUAUCAGUGGUGUGAUGUUGCAGAGACUCAGACUUACAGUCUUGUUUAAAUGAGUUAUUCCACUGUUUGCUCUGCGAUUGUGUGUCACACUAAUGUUUUAUGCACGUCUUCCUUUUAUCAGGGUUCCUACACGGGUUUGGAAAUUCUGUGACCUGUAAGAAAAUGUGUUUAAUAGGCAGUCAUUUCUCUGGGAAAAGCUGCGACAGCUGCAUAUUUAAAGAGCCACUAAUCUAUAAUAUUUAUACUGAACAAGUAUUUCAGUAUAACAGCGUCAAAAAGAUAUGAAAUUUUGAGGUGCAGAAUGUGUAGGAACCCUGCUUCAGUAUCUGGAGAUUCAGUGGCUUUCAUUCAUUAUGGGGUUAGCAGUGUAGUAUAUUAGUGCAAUCCAAUACACUAAUAUGCUUUUAAGAAAUACUGCUGCAGCUAUAAUUGCAUGAUAUAUUGCAGUGGCUGCUGUACCAAAAAAAAUGUCUGUAAUCAGUGAGAACUUUGAGAUUUACGGAUAAGUGAGGAAAAAUGUUUCUGUUCAGUCUACGUUUCAAGUCUACAAUCAAAAUUUUCCUCAAAUGGAGGGCACGCUUGCUAGUGAGGUGAACAUUUGCUGUUAUAAUCUCCUUUAAAAACAUAUUUUUAGAUCAGUGGAGACCUCAGUGUGUUAUGGGUACCCUUCAUAAUUCAUAUUUUGGAUAACUGUCUGACGGUGCUUUUUUCCUUUUCAGACAAAAACAGUGUGAUUACAUCAUUAGCAAGUUUUGGGGUUUUUUCCCCAGGUGACCUCUCUGUCUGUGCAGAUUUAAGUGAUCCAGCACUGCUAGCCCCAUCCAUCCACUGACCUGAACAAGCCAUAUAGUCUUAGGUGUGCUAGGUGUGGAGCGAUCAUGCGUAGUUUUAAAAUAGCACAUAACCUAGCGGUGAAGUACAUCUUCUAACAUGUGUUGCUCUGACAUGUUCCAGAUAGCCAGAAAAAAGGGGGGCUCACAAGGAAGGGAGGAGCUCACCCCAAGUUAGUCAUUCCAUUAGCUCCUCUCCUGAUGUUCUUCUCUUUUAUUCUAUGAAGAAGUGCAAUUGUUCUUUGUCUUUUUAUAUAUUCUACUUACAGUACCCUCAAAAAGCUCUUUAAGGACAUAACUGAGGAAACAAAUGAGCUGCUAAAUUCUCAGUCUCUGAUUUUCACUCACUUUCAAGUGCUCACAAAACAAGUCAAGGGUUUGGUGCAACAUUAAAUGCCGCUUGGAGGGGAGGCAGGGGGGUAUUACCUCUGCUUACAAAUGACGGAUAACAAAAUGCACACAGAUUACAGUGCUGCUUUUAAUGGAGUGGGAUAAUAUAUAACUUAAAUCCUCUGGUGACAAAAUGAUAACUAUCGUUUAAGCUGGAUGUUCUUUUUAGCGUUUCAGAGAUGCACUCUAAGCCGUCUGUUUGCAACAACAGUUGCCGUCAUUCUGUAGUUAUGUAAUACUGCAGAGAGUUGCCUUGACUGACAGUGAAAUAGUUGUUGGGAAUAUGUAUGGGAGACCAUUUUGAAAGCUGCUUUAUGUCCAAGAGCAGAGAUGUUGUAACCUUAAUUGGCCAAGAGAUCAUAAAGUGGUCCUUAAAGAGGUGAGGGUUAUGUAAGAUGUUUGUGACUUUUAAAUGAAAGCACUACUAACAGUGUACGCUAUAAUUACUGCUACAAAUGUGUCUACACUAUUUUGCAUGUUUGAGAUGUCACGUGAAUAUACCACGACAUAUAUUCUGACACAAUUGCCUUUCACCAAACUGGUACAGCAAAGAGAAAUAAUAAAUAAUCGCAUUUAUUUUACAUAUCUGCUGAGAAUUUGAAUGACCUCUAAGCAACAAAUAGUAUUUUUGUAAGACCGUGAAUUGAGCAUUCAAGGUGCAAAACAAAACAUUUCCUUUCGCACAAGCUUCAAAAAGCAAAAGCAGAUGCAAAUUUUUUGUAGAAAAAACAAACUAACUUGAGAAUCUGAUAAGUUGUGAGACAUCAGGUUUCUCAGAUCCAGCAGUGCCUUGGCUACAGCUAAGAAAAGCAGAGAUUAAAGCUGCAUUCAGAACUCCAUCCCUCUCCCUUUCACCAGGGGAGGAGGUGUUGUCAGGCGAGGAUCUGUCCUUCAGCAGUGUUGGUGAAAGGAAUCCAUGGAGUCGUUCUUUAAAGCAAUGUGUUUUUACUAAGCCAGAGGGUAAAGUAGUCAAGGUCACACACAGGGAGGCCGCUGGCUGGCUCAGGAUAAUUCAGGUAUUCUCACUAACAAACCAAAAAUAUGGUGUAAAAGGGGCAGGGCACCACAGCAACUCUGAUUUAUGUUCACACUUACAUUUGUUUUGUGUCUUUCGUUCAAGUUCAUUUGGUCUUUUAAAUGAAACGUACAUUUUUGUCUCAGUUCUUUUAAGAUCUAGAAAAUUUCAUUCAUAUGUUUUUAGGAUACGUGCCUAGCACAAGCUGGGAUACAAACAUGUAAAGCUUUGCAUCAGAGUAUGCCCCACCCCUAUGAAAUAAGCAAAAAGGAGGAUUUAGUUUGUGACUAAAGUUGGGUGGUCCCUUCUUUCUUGCACAUGGGACCCCCAGAGAGCCCUCCACAAGCCUCUCAGUGUGACUGCUACGUAGCUCUCUGGCAGACUGAGCACUCUGGUGUCUUCAUCCUGUAUGUGGAGACUAGCUAUUUUGUAGCUGAAGUUAUAGGACAAAAAAACAAAGUUUGGUGUUAAUUGGUUAUUUGGGAAGGAUGGAAAUGUGACGUUCUCAUACUGCAGUGUGAUAAUGCAGUGUUAAAGGUUUUUCUGUUCUUUUCUAGUUUGGCUCCAGUGUUCAAAAAAGGGGCCACCCUCUAAAAGUGGAAGUGGAUCUUUUUAUGGUGUUUUUGCGCUUAUUAGAAAAAAUGCAGCUCGCAAAUGGAUUUUUGACUGACCAAAUAUUUCUCAGGCCUCGGGGACCGUUGAUACUAAUUGUUUGAGGCGUUCUGUUCCGAGAAGGUUAAAUUUGAGCACAUGCUCUUCACUCCUCAGUCCUUACAGACGGCGAGGAGUUCUUUCAGGUGUAGUUAUUAUUAUUUCUGUGCCCGAGGUUACAUAUUUGCCCUUACAAACUCAAGUCUUAAAGAAAAAGAUGGAGGUGAAGUUGUGGUUAAUGUCUUGGGUCUGUAGCUACAUAGCAACAGGCUGCACGGCCGCAUACAAAACGAGGAUGUUGUAAUUUAUGUUAAGGAACAGUUGCGAUUCAAGUUGGCAAACAUUUGAUUUCAUGAUGGCAGAAUUAGAUCUCAGCAAAGGGCUCAAUCUUUUUCUUCCCUAUACAGGCCGUCCAAAGCGAAAGGGGGAAAAAAUAACUUUGUAUUAUGAUGGGAAGCAAAAAACAACUUCAAAAGUGCCAAACUGACUUCCACAUCUUGUUUUAAGAGUGUUCACGGAAAGUGAGCAAAAACAAAUUGCAUUUGCACAAAACUACUGUAACUUCUGUUUUUCUUCCUGUGACUGAUGCUUUUAUAAACUAAUUGUUGUAUUUAUUGCACCACGUAAUACAUUAAAUAUUUAUAAGUUUAA